AUGGAGGAGGUCCAAGGCGAUGUAAAUAAGAUGGUUUAUCAGAUGCAGAAGUUCUCAUGGGUAGAUUACGUAGUGUUUGUGUUCAUGUUGGCAAUAAGUGCUGUUGUGGGUGUAUAUUGGGGUUUCAUGAAAAAACAGACCACACAGAAUGAUUAUCUUCUAGGGGGUAGAAAUAUGCAAGUAAUUCCCGUUUCGAUGUCUCUAGUGGCAAGCUUCGUUUCUGGGAUAACGCUUCUUGGUUCACCGACAGAAAUAUAUAUGCAUGGAACACAGUAUGCUUUUAUAAUUGGUGGAAUAUUUCUAAUGUCGAUUGUGAUGACUCAAGUCUAUUUACCUGUUUUUCACGAUCUUAAGAUUACGUCUAAUUACGAGUAUUUAUCGAUGAGAUUUGACAACAGGGUUCGGUUGUUUGGUUCAAUACUGUUCACUUUUACACUGAUAGGCUGGUUACCAAUCGUCAUUUAUGUUCCUGCAUUGGCUUUUAAUCAAGGUAAAUACUUAUAA